AUGUGUUGCGAUGGCUAUGGAGGACAUGCUUCCUCCCUCAGUGAGAGCAUUUGCAAAGACUACGAUGACUUGAAUAAGAUUGUUGUUCGACACGAAGCGACGAUACGGAAAAGGUGGUUGAAGAAGACUCAGGCUCAACGGCGAGAUGUUCUGCUCAAGGCGUGGCCGAGCAUGCCGGAAACGCAUCGCCCAGACUACACAGAAGUCAAUGGUUUUCUCAACUACACCAAGCUGUCAAAUAACCUAAGAAAAUCAUCUAAGAUAUGGCCCUUCAUCAACCUCGAAGAUCUCACAAAACUGAAGUCUUUGCUGAUAUUUCUCAACGCACGUGGUCGGAAUGUUCCAUUCAUGUUUACGCUUACGGAAGAGGCGUUUAGCCCAUUGGCAGUAAUGUCGAUAUGCUCCUACGAGCCCGAGCUAGAACAAUAUAACCUACAAAUCUCAAACGAAACGACACCUACACUUUACGUCAAGAUGCAUCCUGUCAACAAGGCUCAAUCCCCCAACAUACCAAGCGGAAAUGAGUUCACUGAAUGCUCUCGGCGUGGCAUACAUUAUCUGUUAAUUCAACAUAAAAUCAUAGCAUUCCUGGCCGCGUGCAGCAAGCUGAUCUUGCAUGACAUGAACCAGGAUAUGCUGUACUGUAGCGCCAUACAGGAUGAGCCACCGUCGUCUGAACUUGAGCUACCAAGCGACUUGGGAUUUACAACCUUUGCUGAUACACUCAUGGUUGCUCCCUAUCGAAACCGAAGGCCAGUCGAGUUCCUCAGAUUGCGUGCGUAUUUCGACGCUCUAUGCAAUAAUGCAAAGGAUCACAUCCUAGCACUGCGCGAGGAUCCAUCUUAUUUCGCCGAUGCUUUCAAAGACAUUUGUGAGCAUAGCUCAGGAUUAAUACCAGACUGUUACGGGCAUAUCGACCCGCAUGUGGACAGCAAGUGUUUCCUGAUGUGCAAUGCUGCCAAGAUGGUCACCAAUGCGUACAGCAUGUUCUUCUCCUGGAAAGAACUCUAUCAGAUUACCAACCUCUUAUCCAAGACAUCUAUGCAGGAUCAGAACGGUGAUUUUGCUUCUUUGAUGACGGAUUUUAACUGCAGCGUUCGACGUGUGUCUAAACUCGUAUAUCAGAUGCUCGAGUGUGCACCAAUGUCGCCUAAUGUUCGCAAAUUCUACAUUCGGUCAAAUCGUCACAUAACAAUGCAGCUACAGAAUAUCCGGUCACUUGAGGAUUUUCAGCUGAUGUCAUCAUUUGAGUGUUUCAAUAUGGGCGAAGACUGCGAAGACGUCGAGGGUGAAGCACUAUACCUUCUCUUGGAUUAUGUAACCAAGAUGAUGCGAGAGAAAAAAACGGCAAGAGACUUAGUAUCGCCUCGUGUCUCCAAAUUGUUCGCGCAGAUGUCCGUUAUGGGAGAGUGCGCGAUGCAAUUGUCGGUGUGGCGCAGUACACCCCAAGGAUCCAGCUUUGACCUGGAUAAGCCACAUUCCCAUGCCCACCUUGAUGGUUUCUAUGACUGGCUUGAUCAUCUGGGUCAUGGAAAACUGGAUUAUCCUGCCUACAAAACUCGCAACCCAAGAACUGUCCGAGCCAUGCGCGAUGCAGAAGACAAUCUCGACACAUUUUGGAAGUAUGUCGAUAAGUCUUACGAGAGAAAGACGGGCAUUUCGCAGCACGAAGUCAUUCGCAAAUGUGUUGCCGAGGAUGGCCCAAUGCAGCGCACACCAGCCUGGGAGGAUCAUGUGAAGGCAAAGUCAAUCCAGCCAGAGCAAUUGAAGUGCAUCUACCAGCCAUUCUCUGGGGGUUCCCACAACAGAGAUAUGCAGAUUACUGGAGCGUUUGAUAGACUGGCGGUAGGAGAAAAGAUCAAACCAAAGACAAAGGGAAGCCCAGAGUCCGUGAUGGUUGAUGUACCCCAGACACACAUGAUCGGCACCGCUGAUGAGGGGAACGUCCCGCAAGUUUUCAGGUUGGACAAGCAUACCUUGAAGGAGAUGAAAACGCUUUUUCACGUUCCUCAGUCUAACCAUGAGGAUCUUCCCAAGGAAGUAAAGUGGCAUGAAUUCAAGCGGGCCAUGGCUCACAUUGGAUUUGCGGUUGAGAAGCUGCAAGGCUCAGCAUGGCAAUUCACUCCCGGUGAAUCGCUUCAUAUUCGCCGUGCCAUUCAAUUUCAUGAGCCGCAUCUAGUCAGUGAUAUUACGUACAUCAUGGCAAAGCGAUUUGAAAGGAGACUUGAGAGGGUGUAUGGUUGGAACGGUGCUAGUUUUUGA